AUGGUGGUGGGACGGCGUGCCGACGUUUGCAGUGACCGAGCAGUCGGUUUCUGUUCAACACCAGUUCCCGGCAAUAUGCUCGUGAGUAAACAGGGGGUACCACCGAUAGACGCCAGUCCUUGCUAUACCCGCCAGAGCAUGGGUUUUGUUCUUUCGCCGCGCAGCUGGUUGCGGAGCUCGCCUCCGAGUCCGCGCAGCCCGCGCAGCCCGCGCGCUCAUGGAACAGCACUGUCGGCAAAAGCAAGCGCUGAUGCCGAACAAGUCGGUACGCUUGUGCGGGAGCUUCGGACAGAUCCGCCUGAGGAGCUGCGAGUCGAACUGCGUUCGCUGGACUCGCGUCGGCGAUUGAUCACUGGAUCGCUAAACGUUUUCGCACCUAAGGCACACGUCUGGACGGUGCUGACGGCAUUCGAUGAAAUGAUCGAGUUUGUACCGCAUAUGCUCUCGUCGCGCUUUGACACGGAGUCACGACUGCUCGAGCAAGUCGCCUGGGUCAGCCGUCGUCUGAGACUGCAAUCGCGACUCGUUAUGGAAGUUGAGAUGCUACCAGAGCAGGGCGAGCUCCUGUUCUCGAAACGAGAGAGCAGGGACUUUGCAUCUUGGAAAGGGGUGUAUAGAAUCGUGCCGCGCAGCGAGACAGAGACUCGUUUGGAGUAUGCGCUGGACGUGGUUCCGAUGAUCCUCUUCCCGAUAGCGCUGGUUGAGCGCAAGAUCAUGAAAGAAGUUCCUGGUGUGCUUCGCGCGUUUGCUGCCCGCGCCGAGCAGCGCUGGAACGACGAGAAAAGGGAAACAAUCCCGGGGACCUAG